UUUUGAGUUAAGUAAAAGUCUAAAAUUCAUUAAAAUCAUUUUUGUUUUCAGAGAAACUCACCGGAGCUAGUGGAGCUAAUCCUUUUUUCAGCCUUCUCUUCUUGCUGUCUUCGAUAACAUCCGAUUAAGCGAUCUGUUAUGGUCUGUUUCCAAUUAGAAGAUAUUGAAAACUUCUUCUGAAAUGUCUGAGGCAGAAGAUGACACUAAUAUUGGCAGAUUGGGUAUCGUUGUCCAUAGAGGUGGCUGAGACAUUAAGCUCCAUGUUCAGCAAACCGUCUUUUGGCGAUUUAAAAACCAAUGUUCUGAAAAAGGAAGAAUCUUUGAACACUGCAGACAAAAGAACGAUGUGGCAGGAAAUUGAAUAUUUUUUGGACGAGUCGACGGAUGGAGCGACCAACUCUGGCGGCAGUUUUCAAGAGUUGUCUGGUGAAGAAUUUUUGGACUUGGACGUGCUACUUAACAUAGCAGCUGAAGAGCAUGCAGACUCAUCUCCUCCAAGCCCGGAACAGGGUGAAGCAGAAGAGAGCAGAAAAAUGUGCGAUCGGAACCGUCAAGAAAAAAUAUUUAAGAAAGCUAACAGUCAUGGGUGCAUGCAUCCAGGCUGUGGCAAAGUAUACACAAAGUCAUCUCACCUGAAAGCACAUCUCCGGACUCAUACAGGAGAAAAGCCCUACCAGUGUAACUGGAAGGAAUGUGGAUGGAAGUUUGCUCGGUCAGAUGAACUGACGCGGCACUACCGCAAGCACACUGGCGUCAGGCCCUUCCAUUGCUGCCUCUGUGACAGAGCCUUUUCCAGGUCUGACCAUUUAUCACUUCAUAUGAAGAGGCACAUGUCUACUUAG